AUGCGUCGCCAGUGCACUUCGUAUCGCCAAGACUACGCCCGCACCGGUGGCGUCGACGACGACUACUCUUCGGUCCAUCAGCCCGAUCAGGAUCGCCAGGUGCCGCUUCCGCGACCGCCCAUACCUCUCGCACCCGUUAGGUCUGGUCGAGACGUAGAGAUGCCCAACGAAAGUUACAGACGUCCUGCUCGUGAGGAACAUGAGACGACGAUGUCACCCCGAGGCUAUCAUUCAGCAGACGUCCACGGAGAGUUCGGACUCCAAGCUCGCCCUGCUCGAUCUGAUGUUGAAUUCGUUGAAAUUCACGGUCGCGCCCGUCGUUUUGCUCACCCCGAAGACCCGUCACAGGCAGCAUCCCAUGUCGAUAGAUGGAUGCGUGAAGAGUUCGAUCCUCCGGCCCCCGCUCCUCCCUCCGGUUAUGACGAUUACUCAUUGCCUUCGGACCCUCGUAUCGACGCACGCAUGCGCACCCCGCCACGUCAUCGAUCACAAGCCCCUUCGCGGGAUGAGAAUACGGUUCCCGGCUGGUCGAGCUCUAGUCAUUCGAAGCAGAGACUGGCUAGGACACAUCAAGCGGAUGCCCUGCCCGCGAUUUCCGAGUUGCCACGUUCCCGGGAUCAUGGACCGCGAUCCGCGCAUCUGUACGACCCUCGCGACGGCUUUGAAGAGGAGGAUCCUCCUCAGGCGCACAGGGACGUCAAUCAAUAUAGCCGCUAUGAUUAACUAGAUGUGACCUCUUGCUGUACCAGACGAGAUCAAUGAAGGACUGCUGCGAGGGAGAUAU